AUGGCAUCUCUAACAAUUCAAUGCAAAGAUAUUCAGAUUUCAAAUGAAAUAAAGAUAAAAACUGAAGAUGAUCUUGAUGAAAUUAAAAUCUUUUCAGUAUCAACAAUACAAAAUAAUAAAUUAGCCGAUGAACCAGAUUAUAGAAAGUUUGAUAUUGAAGAUCGACUUUCACCAGUUGUUGAAGAACCUACUAGUCCAAAUAAAAAUGAUUCAUUGAAUAAUGAUAUAUAUGGUUUAUAUGCAUCACCUUUUCUUUAUCCAUAUUUUCAUCCUUAUUUUAUGGCUGCUACAGCACAAAUGAAUUCAUCGACAGAUAGAAUAUCAAUAAAUGGACAAACAAAUAAUCCAUAUGGUGCUGUAUCUCCGUUUCCUGGUAUGCCAUUUUUUCCUUUAUAUCCUCCUGGAAUGAUAAAUCCAUCAUUUCAAUCGAGUCUUUUCAAUCCAUUUGGUAUUCCAAUGCCAACAUCUGGUGUUCAUUCUUCAAGUUUGUCUAAUCCACAACAUUCAUCAUCUGUUAAUGAUGGACCACAUAAAAAUUUAAAUGCAAUACUUAAUACAAAACGUUCAAAAAAACCUCAUAUAAAAAAACCUUUAAAUGCUUUUAUGAUUUAUAUGAAAGAACAACGUGCACGUAUUAUAGAAGAAUGUGCAUUAAAAGAAUCAUCAGCAAUAAAUAAAAUUCUUGGUCAAAAAUGGAAAGAAUUAUCUCGAUCAGAACAAGAUCGAUAUUAUGAAUUAGCAAAAGAAGAACGUAAUCGUCAUUUGCAAAUGUAUCCAAAUUGGUCAGCACGUGAUAAUUAUGGACUGAAGAAAAAACGACAAAUAGAUCGAGUACAAAAACCUUCUUCUCAAGAUCAUGAUAAUAGUCCAUCAAAAAUCUCAACAAACACUUCGAAACAACUUGACAAUGAAUGUUUAAAUCUAAAGAAAUGCCGUGCUAGAUAUGGUUUAGAAGGUCUUAAUCAAUGGUGUAAACAUUGUCGACGAAAGAAAAAAUGUACAAAAUUUCUAGAAGAUGAUUUAUCAAAUCAUAGAACAUUAGGAAAUUUAUCGAGCAAUGGAAAUCCAUCAUCAGUUAGUUCACAAGCUACAGUUCAAUCUGAUGAAGAUUCAACAUAUGAUUUUGAUAGUAAUGACAUAUUAUCACGACAAAUUGAUUCAAUUGAAGACGAACAUGAUGACAGCAAUGAAGAGAAUAAACAUCAAUUUCAUCUUCCAUCUUCAACUUUGCCAUUACGUUUCGUACCUAACUUUCGUUAUUAA